AUGCUUCCCGCGUCGGAGCCCGGUGCGUGGACGCUGGGGGGCAACGGCCGUGUGACGAUCCGGCUCGGCAGGGCGAGGCUGGUCCACACUACCGUGACCAACACGCCGCGCUGGAGCAAGCUGCCUACCCUCGGCCAACGCAGGCUGCGCUCCUUCAUGCCGAACGCAUGGAUCUCAGAGCUUGCGUCGGACCCGCACUUUCUGGAGCUAGAUGCUCCGGUCGCUACCAUUCUCGAUGAGCUUCUUUGCCUGCGACCCUACCUGAUCCUCUUUGCUGGCACCGCCGCGGGUGCUCUCAGGUUUGAGCUGAAGCGGAAGAAGCGUAGCGGAGGCAUGGCGGUUGAUACUUUGGUCGACGUCGACCUGCGACGCUGCUGCUUCUUCGUCUCCACACGCCUUCAGCGGCCCGAGACGGGUACGUCGCCCUUUCGCCCGCCGGUCCGACGCGCGCGGCUGACUCUGCGCGAGGCGCUUCUCUGCGCUGCUGCGGGCGGCGCUCCGAGCGUGGUCCGCAGGAGGCGUCUGCGGCGCAUGUCUCAGCUGGUGCCUCGGCGGUGGCGUUCGGAGCCGGUGGCGCCCACUCCACUAUGGACCAGUGAGGGGGUGGCGCCGUUCGUGGUGGAAGGGCAGGCGGCAGCGGCGGCACUCGACAAGAGUCUCGCUGGGGCAGUGGGCCUUGCCGUGGCGCCCAUCCCACCCGCUCAGGCCAGCGCAGUCGAAAGCGUUGCCACGCUGACAGGCCUGCUGGCCCGCGGGAUGAGGGGCGGAGGUUCAAGCUUGCGACCGGACGAGGCGCUGCAGGCGGUCCGGCUGCAGCUCUGGGCCAUCUACUUGCGGCUGCCGUCCGCUGCUCCGCCCGCAGAGUAUGAGGCGUGGCGCGAUGCGGGCCUUGUUGUGGCAAUGCUCGAGCUGCUCGUACUCGCGCCGUCGCUCUGUCGACUCGAGCGGCGAGCAGGCGAGGGAGAGUGCGAGCCGCGGUUGCUCGGAGUCGCGGCGCCACACGAGGCAAACGCGCGUCUCUCUGGCGCCACACCAAAGGCGCAGGCUGGGGUGCCGCACGAGGUGCGAGCGGAGGCGCGAGCGGAGGCACGAGCGGAGGCGCUGGCAGAGGCACGAGCGGAGGCGUUGGCAGAGGCGGAGGAGGCGCUCGACGACAGGCCGGCACAGGCCGCAGUCACGGCCGCUCCGAGCGGUGCAAGGGUCGGCACUGAAGACGAUGCUGGAGCUGGGGCGAACGCUGCGGCUCGGCUCGACGACAGGUCGGGCUGUGCGUGGAUGGCGCUGCGCGCGACCGCGGUGCGCGAUGCAACAGCGGCCGCGGAGCUCGCCGCCUCUGCUUUCCCGGGCGUGGGGGGUGACGAUGCUAGAGCGGCGCGCGCGGCCGCCGCUGCCGAGGCGAGCCUGGCGAGGUCUGAGUCACAGGCCGAGAACCGGCGCGGCCGCGUGUGCGCUUGCUGCGUCCGGUGCAGCCGCUACGCCGACUACGUGCAGCAAAAGGAGGGCCUUGCCUGGGGGGCGGCGUCUGCCCGCGGUGCACACGCCCUGUCGGACGUGUGGUGGCUGCCAGAGCUGAUCGUCUCGAGGCUUACCGCGGUCGACACGCGAUCCACGCGACGCUUGGCCUCCGAUUGCUCGCGGUUGCUCGUUGCCGGCCUCGCCUCUCUUCCAUUGCUUCGGUCCAUCCGUGGGUGGUGCGACCUCGCGGGGUUCCUCGAGGCGUUCGCUGCGAGUGGGGGCAUCGAGGCCGCGGGUGCCAUCGCGACGGCCGAGCCCGGCUCGCAGAGGCGUGACGCGACGGCCUCCCCUCCAGAGGCCACUCUGGCGGGCCUCGCCGCGCCGUGUGAUGAGCAGACUGAUGCGGAGAAGGUCACGGCGGCGACGCAGCUCGUCGCACUGGCUGCACACGAGCCGCGGACGAGGCUGGCCGUCGAGGGGCGCGUGCUACCGGCCCUGCAUGAGCGCCUCCUCGCGAAUCAGCUUGGGUGGCCUCAGCGCUCCCAUGAUCCUCCGUGCUGGCGACGGGCGGCCGCCUGUGCGCUCGCGCCGCCACAGCGGCUGCCUUCGCCCUCGGAUGGCGCAGCCCUCCAGGGCGGCUGUGAGGACGGCGAGCGCCACUCGCUGCUUGAGCGUGCCAGCGGGCGGCUGCGUGCGUGCGUUCCUCGCUGCGCGGCGGCACUCGGAUCAGGAGUCACAACCGAGACGGCCUCACACCUCCACUUGCUAGCAUACUACGUCGAGACCCACUCGGCGAGCUGCGACCCGGCGAACCACAUCACGAGGCUCAUGGGGCCGCUUACGGAGCUGAGUGAGCAGCUCUUCUACGACGCCCACGCCGCCACUUCUGCGCGGGGCGAGGAUACGGUGUCGAGGCUACGCCUUGCUGUCGCCGCCCUGCGCCUCGCUCACAGCCUCUUCGAAACCAGCCACGACCACUCUGAGCUGCGCCGCCUUUGGCGAUCCGUGUACCUUCGGCCGCGGGCCGUGCAGUGGGCACAUACCGUGGCAUCGUCGCUGCUCACCCCCUCGGCUGACUUGCUCUCGCUCGUCGUAGCGCAGAGCGGCUCUUGCGCCGCGGCUGGCAGGCUGAUGCGCGAGGGCUGCGCCGCGGCAUCACACCACUUGGUGCACGUGGCGACACUCGUCGGUGAGGAGCGUGAGACGGCCGAACGGGAGGGGCUCUCGCUGCGCGACCUUUGGGCCUCGGCCAGGCCAUACGUGCUCUCGUACCUUAAUAAGGUCGCGCAUGGAGACGAUCUCAGCGCUGAGGCGGCCGUAGCGCCGGGGGGCUUGCGCUUGCGAGAGCUUAUGGCGCCGCAACGGUCGGCCACGCGCUGCGAGUUUCCGCUUCUACGCCUGGUUGCUGAUGCAAUCGAGGGCGGUCUCGAGCCAUCCGGCGCAGCACCCGCCGUCGCUCGAUCUGGCCAGCGCGGCUCAGCAGCCAGCCUGUUGGAAACCAUGUGGCGGCGCGGAGUCGCACUCUACACGGCGAGUGAAGCAGCGUACCGGUGGCGCGUCGUGCGCGGCGCUUGCGAGUCGGGGCGCGGUCGGCUGGAGUCCGGCACGCACCAGGCACCCCGCCUGUCCGUGCCGCCGGGGCUUGAGAUGCGGGCGAGGCUAUGCAGCCGCUACUUCGAGGCGCUCGCGUCGCUGGCUGCCUCACGCGGGCCGACGGCCGGCGAUCAGUUUAUAGCGCUCGGCGUGGCGCGCUCGCUCGUCGCUGAGAUCUCGCUUGAGCGGCACAUCUGCGAGCCAACGAAAUGGGCUCCCGCGACCGGCAUCGGCGGCUGCAAGCAAAUGCACGACGGAAGUGGAGACACCUCCGGGACCAGCAGCCAAUCCAAGCCGUGCCUCUGGCGGGACUCGCCUGCCUUCUCCACGGAGGACGCGCCGUCGGAGGGCGAGUUCGGGGAGAGUGACGAUUCUGACCUCUCCGAGGUAGAAGUGGACGCUCCGCUGGCCUUCCCAACGGGUCACGCAGGGAAGGCUUCCGCCGCGGCCAGGCAGGCGGAUGCGUCAGCGGUGGACGAAAGCCAGUCGCCUCGCGGCCUCUUGAUGGCGCAAAUAGCCGGCAAGACGGCUGAGAGCGCAGGUGGCAGUGCGCGCCCCUCGCUGGCGGCCGGCAACCUCUCCGCCUCGGCAUACCGGGCAGAGUGCGGCACGCGGCUGCUCUACGCGAGCGAUGACGUGCGCCGCUCCGUCUUGCUCCUCCUCCUCACUCUCCUCGUGGCGCCGGGGCAGCACCAGCUUGACGCUACGAGCUCAGACAGGGCUGGCGAGACGUCGGCCCCAACAGCGGCGUGUCGUGCCCUGGAGGCGCAUCUCAACCACCCUGCCAACCAGGCCAUCCUCCCCUCCCUAGCCUCCGCCGCUGCGCGAUGCGGCGAGGCGCACACGGUGCUACUACGCCUCCUCUGCGGCGCGCUCUACUCGCACCACCGCCACAGCUUCGGAGAGACCAUCGCGCGUGGCGCCUUUGGCACCGUCCGCGAGCUCGAGCGUCCGUGCCGUCCGGACGGCGGGAAGGGCGCCGAGGCGCCACUGGCGGUCAAGCUCGUCCCAAAGGCUGCAAAGAGCUGCUCCUCGGGCCACCUACCAGAGGUGUUUGCGGAAGUCCUCGCUCUAAGGCGACUGCAGCCGAGCGGCGUGGCGGCGCGGCUUGUCGAUUACGGCUGCGACGCGUCCACUUUCUUCCUCGUGAUGCCGCGCUACAUGCAGUCGCUGCGUGCGUGGCGGCGCGAGGCUUGCGGCGGGACGGGCGAGCCUCCCACCGGACAGCUGUUUGCACUGUACGCGCAGGCGCUCUCUGCGGUAGCGCAGAUGCACGACGAGCACAUCGAGCACUUUGACAUCAAGGCGGACAAUUGCUUGCUAGAGGAGGUGGGCGAGGUGGGCCGAGACGCGGCGAGCGCACCUGACGUGGCCCGGGCGGGCGGCCUGCGCCUGGUGAUUGCGGACUUGGGGGUGGCUCGCAUCUAUGGCGCCGAGGAGCAAGGCCGGUCGCCACGCGAUCGAGGCACCGAAUGCGUCAAGAGCCCGGAGAUGCUGGAGGUGAUUGGACUUCACAGGGGCAGCGCAAGGGCGAGUGCCAACGGUAGCGCCUGGGGCGGCGCUGCUGACGCCGCCGCCAGCAGUCCGCGCGGGGCCUCGCGCAUCACGCGGGGCAGGCCUGGAGACAGAGCUUGGGCGGUCCCGGGGGCCUGCGACGUGUGGGCGUGCGGCUGCCUGCUGUAUGAGGUGCUGACGGGCGACUACCUCUUUGAGGAGGCGGACUGGUUCCGCUUCUACCUGAGGGUGACGUCGGAGGACCAGCCCAUCCUCCUCCCUCCCCACUUGUCGCGGAUCCCCGCCAGCCACGCCGACCAAGUGGCAGCCUUUCUCGGCUUUGUGCUCGAGCGCGAUCCUCACCGCCGCCCGUGCAUAGGAGCGGUGCGCGCCAGGUUUGGGCAGCUUGCCCGUGCGUGA